AGUUGUAUGUCACAAAGAGUGACAGACCGCACAUAAAAUUUUAACUUUAUCUCACAUCUGUAACCCCCAUGCAUAGUGGGUUUUUUCCCCCCCGUCACUGGGUGUUGCAAAUGUCAAUACUGUCAUGCUUUCUGGUGUCCUUGUAAAAUCUGUCAAAAUACUUUGUGAAGUCCAGCCAUAGUUUAUGGCCUUAUUACAUUGCAUAUGUAUCUGUAUAAGGGAUUGGAGCUGUUUGAUAUGAAAUGUUCACCUGGCAGAAGUGAGUACCAGAUGUGACCAUCUGCAGUCUCCAAGGUUAUAAUCCGACCCAGUGUGUGUAAGGGACAUUUAUGACAUUGCAUUGGGCUUGGAAAUAAAGUCAUUCAGCAUAAAAAGUUGUCUGGCUAGAACAAGGUUUUUAAAGUCAUAUUUUGACUGACUUCCUCCAAUGCCAUAUGUUGGAAUAAACACUGGAUAAUUACUAAUCAUUUGUAUCUUUGUACCAGCCCUAAAUGCUUUAUGCCUCUAAAUAAAGUGUGUCUGCUCAGCAGCUCCCCUGUGCUCUGCAACGCUCCGCUCUCAGCAGGCAAGAAGUUGCUGGCAUUUCCCAGGACACCUGCAAACCCAGAGCAGUGUCUGGCUAUUCACGUAGAUAAAAAUAUGCUUGCCCCGAAAGAUAGAAAGCAAAAAUUCUCCAUGGGAUUGCUCCUGCUUGGUGCCGUCUGUCAAGGGGGUCUAUGAAACGCCCCGGGUGCAUCUCUCCUCCGUUCUUAGCUUCAUCUGUUAGCUAAAAGGCACUAGCAAAAUAUCGAUCUCGAGAUGCAGAGGUGGGUAACGGUCCGCUUUACUAGAUGUGUUUGAUGUGAGGAGUGUAGCCUUUUUCUUCCCCCCCCAACUGCAUGUUUUCCUUUACGCAGUAGGCUAAAGACUGCAGCCAACGAUUAGCUGCUUUACUCCGAGAUAUUUUAUCUGCCAUGAUAGACCUUCAGAGCUGCAGCUGACAGCUCUGAAGAUUUAAAGCACGUAUGCCUAAAAUAUCUGUUAUCUGGGACAGGUUAGCAGUGAAGAUAACUAACUCUUAUUUGGCUGUAAUGCAUUUAUUAAUGACAAUAAAAGCUGCAGAUGGAAAAGUGAUGGGUAUUGCUGAGCACCUCGGGGAUUGAAAUGAUGUUAGGCUUGUAGGGCAGCGGCAUGCUCUGGCUUUUGGAACUUGGCUGCUUCAUUUCCAGGCACCUGUUGCCUGCCAGGUUGCUUUAAUCAAGCGUUUGUCCCUCUACCCCCAAGUGCAAAACCAGGGAGGUGCCAGCCGGCUGGUCCCAUGUAGUGUGCAGUGAGCCCAUCUGACACUGCCCAGCUUCUUUGGCGAGUGUCUGCAGCGUGCCCAUGCGGUUUUCCUCCACCCACCGCCCUUCCCAGAGAAGGUUGCAAAAUGUGUGUUUACCCGAGGCACGCGACCUGCUCAGCUGCAAUUAUCUCCUAAUCUGCUCCGUCCGAGUUUCUCCAGUCUCUCAGGUAAAUACAGAUUUAGCUGUUCUUCAAGGCAUAUUAUUUACCUCAUUAAGUGUGUAUUUUGGCACCUGCGUUAUUUACCUGAUGGACUAGCGGGUACAAAAGAGCAAGUGCUGCCUGUUGUGCAAACAGCUGCUUUGCUCGUGGCGGGUCGUCCUCCAGUUUUGUGGGGGUUUUUUUGUUUUUUUUUUCUUUCUUUCUUUUUUGAGUGGGUUUUGUUGUGCCAUGUAAAUCCUAGCUUUGCUGCAUAUCUACCUUGGGGUGCUUCCUGCCUUCCGAUGGGCACAGGAGAUACCAGAUGCCUGCCAGGGGAGGCCAGACUUAGCUUCAAGCACUGAGAAACUAAACUAGUGCAAAAGGUACAGCCCUCCUCCUGGGGCACAGAGGAAGUCUCUACUCUUGGAGCUGCCAGUGUCUGCUGCUGGUUCUUCAGGGUUGAGCUGAUUUUGAUGGGGUCAUGUCUCAUUGUGUGAAUCACCCGGGGAUUACUGGGAGUUGUGCAUAUGUAUCACUACUACAGGCCUUUCCACAGGCAUCGGCUGGUCUUGGGGUCCCCGUCUUCCCUGAGUCUCGAAGUAGUUUAUGUGGCCUUCUCUAACCCAGGUGCAGAUAAGCCCCUGUGGGGAUGUGUGCUCUGUUGUCUGGAGCAGUGCCUCUGUUGUCUCGUGGCUCUUCAUUCUGAGCUGGUUAUAGAGGUUCCUUUCAAGUUGUCUGUGACUCCAAGCGAUCUCUCAGAUGCUCUCCAACGUACCUACCAUGGGUUGCUAUGUUAUUUUGGAGUCCUCUACUAGGGAGCCCAGGCAACACCUCUUGGUGAUGGGUUGGGUUGGAGAGGCAGCAGUAGAAGUCCGAUGUGUGCAUGCUUUAGUAACACCAGCUGCUUGUUCUCUUAAGUUUCAGAUGCCUCUGGAUGUUCAAUGAUAGCCCUCUUGCAUACUGGAGCAGCACAGUUCCCCGCAAGCUUACGUCCAAGCCUGAGACUUCUGCACUCCUUCCUCCCGGUUGGCAUUCUCAAGAAAUCCGGUUCCACCACAAGCAGGAAACUGGCGUCCCACGGCUUCGGCGCUUCCAUGGCAGCAAUGUCAUCCUUCCCCCCACAAAGAUAUCACUACUUUCUAGUGUUGGAUUUUGAGGCCACGUGUGAUAAACCACAGCUUCAUCCUCAGGAAAUCAUCGAGUUCCCCAUCCUGAAGCUCAAUGGCAGGACGAUGGAGAUAGAGUCCACCUUCCACAUGUACGUGCAGCCCGUGGUGCACCCUCAGCUCACGCCCUUCUGCACAGAGCUGACUGGAAUUAUUCAAGGCAUGGUGGAUGGGCAGCCAAGUCUCCAGCAAGUGCUCGAGAGGGUUGAUGAGUGGAUGGCAAAGGAAGGCCUCCUAGACCCCAGCGUCAAGUCGAUUUUUGUAACCUGCGGUGACUGGGAUUUGAAAGUCAUGUUACCAGGACAAUGCCAGUACUUAGGGCUGCCGGUGGCCGAUUACUUCAAACAGUGGAUUAAUCUGAAAAAGGCCUACAGCUUCGCCAUGGGGAGCUGGCCCAAGAAUGGGCUCUUAGACAUGAACAAAGGCCUGAACCUACAGCACAUAGGGAGGCCUCACAGCGGGAUAGGAAAUGAAUCUGCAGCUUUGCCUACAACGUUUCACAGCUGUGAAGCGGGGACUGGGAUGGGAGAGCUGGGGCAAGGAGAGCUGGCCCUGAAGAGCCGGACAUCUAGGGACGGACGUUGGAGCCUUGCAUGGCUGUUGGUGUGGUUGCCCUUACAGCUGAGCUGCCUGUGUAUCUGCCUCCCCCGUGCUCCCUGCUCUCUCUGUGGACACGGACGCGUGGCACUGGGCCCCUCUCCAUGGCUCCCAGCCCCAGGAGGCUGCCACGGGGGUGCGCUGCAGCAUGCACGGGUGUAGGAUCGACCUGGCAAA